GUUAGGUACCUGACAACGCUCUUGUCAGUUUCGCUCGCAUAGUGAUGCACGGCUGGUAGUUUUAGCUCGUUGUAAUGCCCAUCGCGCAAUGUCUCACUUCGUACAACUUAGCAGCUCAUUAUUUUGCGCAUUCUUGCUCGCCGUUCCAGUCGCCCAUGGUUUCUCCUACGAGGAUUUGCCCGCGGUGGCGAUGGACUACAAGGUGCACAUUGACGCUGGAAAGGAGGACUGCUAUUUCCAAUAUGUAAAUCCGGGCGCAACUUUCUACGUCAGUUUUCAGGUAUUACGUGGUGGAGAUGGAAAAGCUGGCUUUGCUGUGAGGAAUCCAGGUGGGGUCUUGGUUUAUCCGUAUCAGUGGCGAUCGAAUGCAGACUAUCAAGAUACAUCGAUUAAUGGCGGCUACUAUAGUGUGUGCAUUGAUAAUCAGUUUUCAAGAUUUGCUGCUAAACUAGUGAAUCUGUACAUCACAGUGAUCAGAUACGAUCAAUGGCAGAAAUACAGCAAGGAAUUGGAGGAACUGAAUCUUUCUGUUGAAAAUUUUACGAACACAAUUGUGAAUGUGGAAAGAAACAUUAAUGAAAUGCUCCAGACUCAACAUUUGAGUAGGAGCAGAGAAGCGAGGGAUUUAAAUCUGCUGUUGGACAAUAAUUCUUAUGUACAGACAUGGUCGAUCGCACAAGUACUCGUUAUCACGGCGACAACUUUAAUUCAAGCAUUUUUCGUUAGAAAGUUAUUCGAUGUGAAACCUGGACAUUCCAAGACGCGUAUUUAACACCAGUAUGGCAAAUACCUUGCUCAAUAAAAGCAAGAUAAUGGUUAGGUAUCUAUUGUGAUGAAAUGAUCGCAUGUUUACCGAUUGAGCUCGGAUAUUACACACAAAUUUAGAUAAAGAUAUAAAAUGUGAGCGCUUCAGUCGAUUAAUUACAAUUCAAUAAAAUUGUAAUGUUAUACACGUGUAUUGUAAAUUUUAUACGACGUAAAUUAUGUUUUCUGUCUUUCUAUAAAUUUGUGUGCAAUACGAUGCUUAGAGAUUGCCUGAAUAUUGACUAUAACAUGGCGCAGAAAUUUGUGAUACAAAAAAAAUUAAUUAGAUGUAACAACUUUCUUGAGAAUAACGUAAUUCUUCUGGGUAAAGCCUCUAUCGAAUGAAACUUGGACUUCCAACUCGCCAAAACAUAACAUAAUGAAACUUUUACAUUGACAAAAUUUUGCAUUUCUCAUCAAAUCUAUACAUAUGCACAACUACAUGCAUACUACUCAUACGUUAGUUUUAAACCAACAUUAUUUCUAAUAAUUUUUAUAAAGUAUUUUAGACCCGUAUAUUUUCUUUUAUUACCUUUACGUUAUAUGUUAAUAUAUUUACGAGCAGAUCGUUCCGCUUGUACAUCA